UGACGUCACUGUGUGCGUGAUGACGUUGUAAUGGAGGUUCAGAGGUGGCAGCUGUGGGUUGAUAUCAAUGACUGUCGGUAUUUGGAAUAUAAAACUGUUUAAAAGUUAGUUAAAAGGCCCUGACCGUGUUUAAACAAGGUCAAACAAAUAAAGAAGGACCACAAUUCCAUGGUCAUUUUCUCGAUUGAGAGUUUGUUUGUUUGUUUUUGAUGCCUUGCUUGUAGAGCUGGCACUAUGCCCGCGGCUACUGUGGAUCAUAGCCAAAGAAUAUGUGAGGUUUGGGCUGACAACCUGGAUGAAGAACUCAAAAGGAUCCGUCAGGUCAUUAGAAAAUACAACUACAUUGCCAUGGACACAGAGUUUCCAGGUGUAGUUGCGAGACCGAUUGGAGAGUUCAGAAGCAAUGCUGACUACCAGUACCAGUUACUGCGAUGUAAUGUAGACUUGCUAAAGAUUAUCCAGCUGGGCCUUACCUUUAUGAAUGAACAGGGUGAAUAUCCACCGGGAACUUCGACAUGGCAGUUCAAUUUUAAGUUUAACCUCACGGAGGACAUGUAUGCACAGGACUCCAUCGAGCUCUUGACAACAUCAGGCAUCCAGUUCAAGAAGCAUGAGGAGGAGGGGAUCGAGACAUUGUACUUGGCUGAACUGCUCAUGACCUCAGGGGUGGUGCUCUGUGAGGGCGUCAAGUGGCUUUCUUUCCACAGUGGCUAUGACUUUGGCUAUCUGAUCAAGAUUCUGUCCAACUCUAACCUGCCCGAAGAGGAAGUGGACUUCUUUGAGAUCCUUCGCCUGUUCUUCCCCAUCAUAUAUGAUGUCAAGUACCUCAUGAAGAGCUGCAAAAACCUCAAGGGUGGGCUACAGGAAGUGGCAGAACAGCUGGAGCUGGAGAGGAUUGGCCCCCAGCACCAAGCUGGCUCAGACUCACUACUGACAGGCAUGGCAUUCUUCAAGAUGAGAGAGAUGUUCUUUGAGGAUCAUAUCGACGAUGCGAAGUACUGUGGUCACUUGUACGGGCUGGGUUCAGGCUCUGCAUACGUCCAGAACGGCACAGGGAACGCCUACGAGGAGGAAGCCAAUAAACAGCUGUCAUGACAUCAUCACUGGGAUCUUUCUGGAUGGUCUGCUCUAGUCAAUUACUACGACGACUGGAAUAAUGGAAGAACAAAAUCAUUAUUUAUAUAUAUAUAUAUAUAUAUAUAUACACACACACACACCAUUUCGGAAGCUCUUUGUCAUAAGCGCUUCUUACUUUAGGUGGUUGGUGAAUUUGGUGGUUCAAUGGUUCCUAUCUCCAGAUGUACCCAAGGUGUGUGUUUGUGCUUAAAAUCAUGUUUUUUCUAUGAAAGCAGUUUAGAGGGGCUGGUUGGUUCAUUUAGAUUUCACAUGAAGCGCUUGAAGAGAAACAAGGGAUUUUAGUUUUUCAAACUUUUUCUGUAGAAAUUUUGCACUUUAAAGCUCCUAACCAGAUCCAUGAUUUUAUAUGAAAAGCUACGUUUUUCUGGUAUGCUCCUCUUUGUUGCCUUCUCUAAGUUACAUUUUUUUCACUUAACAUCUGUCUUUAUUAUGAAAAUAAGUUGUUUUUUUUCACCAAACUUAGCCUUAAUAGUAGCUACAUUUUUUUUAAUGUUAUUUUAAUAUUUAAUUUAUUGUACUGGUUGGUUCUUUUCAUGUGACGAGACCCCCCCUCCCCUCCAUAUGUAAAGAAAAAAAAGAAAAAAUGCAAUAUACGAGAGAUUGUUUUUAAAGCUUUUGUAAAUAAAGGCUUCAAACUUUUCUAACAUAUAAGAACUUGA